GCUUGCCAUUGCCAUGCCAGUUGCCGUGCGCCGUUAAAUUGUUUUGUGAAUUUCUGGAUUGUAUUUUCAGUGACUUAAAAUAUUUUUUGUGGAUUUAUAUGGAUUUGCAAGCAUAACUAAAAUAAUGAUUUCGGAUAAGUUCUAUAAAAUAGCAAGAUGUAAGCAAGGGUUCGAAAUUCGAAUUGGUAUAGGUUGACUUACUUGUGAGUUCAUGAUACGGAAGUUACAAGUUAGUUUAAAAUACAAGCGUCGUGGCCGAGAGCUCUUUUUGGAGAACUUUUCAAAUGACUGAGCUGCAUCUGGCAAGGACAACAAAUGAGUACCAUUUACAGUGGCUGGCAGGCACUUAAGUCCUGAGCAUUAAAAUGCUUUGGGCUAGUUGCAUUAGUAUUUAGUUUAUGGUAGUCGGGACGGCGUCAAUUUGGGAAUUUAUAAUUUCAAAAGAGACAUUUUACUAUUUUCGAUACUUCAUGUUAUAAAGUGUUGUUAGUUGGUCUAUUCACUAUUGAAAUGGUAAAAAUCUUCAAAAGUUCUUUGUCAGUGUGCACUAUUUCUUGAAUACUUGCUGUUUUUGGUAUUUUUGUCUGCUAUUUUUCACAUCUUCAGAAUUUGGUUCUUGAGGUUGUAUUACUCUUAGGCUAGUUGAAAUAAUUAAACAGGUUGUAACACAAGCUUUGUCUAAUGUCUAAACUCUAGUUUUCAUGCUUGUAUUUUCAUAAAAAAAAUAUGUAAAAAUCAGGAAUAUCAGGACCUUCGCAACAUUAUCUCAGAAGUAUGUUUCCUGAUUUCUACAUCUACAACAUAGGUUUAUCUGAGUUGAGUUAUUAGGCAUCUUCUAGACUAGCACAUUCCAAGAUGUAAACAAACUAGAAAUAAUUUAUAAAUAGUAUGAGACAAAGUUUAUAUGCUAUUAAAAGCUUUGUGUAAUCCAUUUUUGUGGUAGUUUCUGAAAAAAAUAGUACCUAAACCCCAUGGAUGUUUCCUGAUGUCUACAACAUUGGUAAAUGGGUAUCUUUGAGUCGAGUUUAUAGGCAUCUUCUAAAUAAAAUCAAAUAUUAAAUCAUCAUUUUGCAGAAAACAUGUGGUUUAAAACAAAAGAUUUUGACAAACAAAUAUAGAUUUAAGCACAAUGCUUUCGCCUUCAAGGGCAUGCAAAUUUUACAAAAUAUUUCAUUUUACAAAAAUAUUACUAAGGCAAGCAAAUUGAAAUUACUGUAUAAUUACAAAAUCAUAUUAUAAUAAUUAAAAUUUAACAUUUGAGCAUCAUUGUAGUUGUAGUCCAAGUAACCAAGCUUUUAUAGGUAUUUCUCAAAAUAAGUAUCAAGUAUGUAACAAAAAAGUCAUCACGAAAUAUUGUUACAAAAUUGUCCUAACUGUGACUAAAAAGUAAACAUUAAGCUUGCUAUGCAUUAUGGGAUAUUAGCUUAAGGUAAUUAUCGUUCAUAAGAAUUACAUUUAGAUCCUUACCUUAACAGCUCAUAGCUAAACUGAAGCAGAUGCCUGUCUUCAUCAGGGGUUAAGCUGAUGUAACUCUUCCCCCCUUAAGCUUAAAGCACGAUGAAGAAGAAGGAUGCUGCUGUUGUAGAGGUUCUUGCAACUGCAGCUGCUGAUGGUUGUCUGUUGUGGCUGGUAGUCCUCGGUGAGGACGAAAGUACCACCUUAAGAUGAAGGCUACGACAAAAAGGGUCACAAUGAUAUACAAACAAAGAGUAGCCCAGCUGGGUGUUAUAUUUAUUGUUGGUAUUUCUUCAUUUGCUGAUUGGUAUGCAUCUUCCUUUUCAUUUCCCUCCAACUAGUCAGGGAAAGACUGUAUUAGGAGUGGGUAUGACAAUAGACCAACGGGGUGGGGAUCAAAUCACCACCCCUCAUUGUUGAGUCUGGUUGAGCUAUUGAGGCUAUUAAUAGUUCAUUUAGCUAUACUACCGCCUUUCUAGAUGAAUACUGUUUAUCAAAAAAUAAAUUAGAAAUGAAGGUAGAAAACGCAUGUCAUGGAUGUCUUUCAGAUGUAAUAUUAUUGGUGGGUUAAUUUCCAUUGCAGAGCUUGUUUGUGGCAAUGGGAUGCUUUCCUUGAUCAUUUUUAAAGAGUGAGUGAGUUAAAGUUAAAUGAGUUUGUAGACUCCUGCCAGCUAUUUCUACGAUGCAUUGAUUGUUAAUCGUAAUAAGGACUAUGUCAUGGUUCCUUUGAUACUGAACAUCAUUCCCGCAGAUUGUCUUAAUUACUUCUUCCUUAAUCAUUAUUUUAAUUUAUUUAAGAAUUCAAUUAAUGUGUCACUGUGUUGGCAUUACCUUCAAAGUGAUCAGAAGGUAGCACAUACAAUGUUAUUUUUCGCUUUUUAGUCUACUUUCUGGUUUUGUAGUUGGGUCAAUUUUUUUUAUGAAAUUUUUUUAUUCACACAUGUUCCUUGAACAUUUUGAAUCUCUAUUUUACGUAAGUUGUAAGUAGUAAAGGGUAUCUUCCUUCUUUGAUCUUUCCCAAAAUUAAAAUUGUGAAGUAUGAGAAACUUAAGAUGUUAUUUAAAUAUUAAUUAAGAAAUAAUAAAGUUAUUAUAAAUAGUAAUCAGAAUUUAACUGGUUCUUCAAAAGUAUUAAAACUGUCAUACAGAUAAGUUAACACUAUGUACAGGUAGUGUGUAGUGGUGUAUAUUGAAAGAAUAUUUUUGAUGAGUACGGCAACUUCACCAUGCCCAUCAGGUCUGAGACAAAAAUAACCUGGUAUUUUGAACAAUCUCUCUUUUCUAAGCCAAGUCUCUUGGAGACAGGAGAAAGGAAUCAUGUUUUUUUAAAAAAUGUAUUCAUGUUUCUUAGUGUUGAGGCUCUGGCGUUUCCACUGAAUCUCUCUGGCUUUGAUAUCCAUUACAAAUAUUUUGAAUUUGAUGUAAAGCAUUAAUUACUGUGGCAACAUCGAACGGUGAAACGAAAUUGUUAGAUUGUGACAAUAACUGAAUAACAACUUUAAUAAUGUCAGAAAUUUUCAUAUUAUUUUCAAUUGUAUUAUUAUUACUAAUAAUUUGAUUUAGGUAUCAGCUCAUCAGAUCAACUUUGAGCUAUAUUUAUUUUUCACUGCUUUAUAAAUAAUCUAUCACGUGCAUAAAAAAGUACUUUUUCAAUAUAGUACGAUACUUAAAAAAUAAUAUCAGUAAGUUGAAAAUUUAGUAUACAGCUUCCACUCAUUGAGCUCUGCGGGGUUUGGCUCCCGCUGAUUUUGCUGCCUCUCUAAAUGUUUUUAGUUUGUUGAUCAUUUCUUUCAAAGUCUUUUCCCAUCUUUGAAGAUGUUUUCAGCUUUGUGAAAAUUGUUUUUCUAUAUGAUUGUUAGUUUGCUUCCUUACUAUUUACAGAAUAAUUAUGGUCCUUUUGUGAUUUAUUAAAAAUACGUUGAAUUAUUGCGAUAGAGUUCGGGUCAGCGGCGUCAAAGAAGCAAUGUUAUUUUUCGCUUUUUAGUUUACUUUCAGAUUUUGAAGUCAGUUAAAUUUUUUUAUGAAAUUUUUUUAUAGAACACAUGUUCCUUGAACAUAUUGAAUCUCUAUUUUCCGUAAGUUUAUAUCCAUAUCCGUGGUUUUGAUAUCCAUUACAAAUAUUUUGAAUGUAAAGCAGCAUUGACUGGCAUUGUGGAACUGUGAAACAAAAUUGUUAGAUUGUGACAAUAACUGAAUUUUAAAUUAUUUUCAAUUGUAUUAUUAUUACUAAUAAUUUGAUUUAGGUAUCAGCUUAUCAGAUCAACUUUGAGCUAUAUUUAUUUUUCACUGCUUUAUAAAUGAUCUAUCACGUGCAUAAAAAAGUACUUCAAUAAUAUAGUACGAUACUUAAAAAAUAAUAUCAGUAAAUUGAAAAUUUAGUAUACAGCUUCCACUCAUUGAGCUCUGCGGGUUUUGGCUCCCGCUGAUUUUUGCUGCCUCUCUUAUUGUUUUUAGUUUGUUGGUCAUUUCUUGGAUCUUCGACUUUAACGUCGUGUUUUCUUUCAGCUCACAGGGCUAAGGUCAGCUCAGCUAAACUUAGCUCUACUAUGCAAGAAGUAGUAGGGUGUAGGGAAGUUCAAAACAAUGAGAUACCAAACUAUGGUCUAAGUCUGAUAGAAUCUUAGAAUUAAAUUAUACGAGUCAUUAUAUGAUAAUUAUUUCUGCAUGGGCAAAGUGACCUUUUCCAAUUUUUGAAGGUGUUUUCAGCUUCGUGAAAAUUGUUUUUCUAUAUGAUUGUUAGUUUGCUUCCUUACUAUUUACAGAAUAAUUAUGGUCGUUUUGUGCUUUACAUUUUUGAUACUUUGUAGAUCGAAUCAGAAAUGAGGAGAUCUGCAGUAGAACCAAAGUCGCCGACAUAGCAAUUAUAACUUAUGAUUAAUUUAUUAGAAAGAAAAUUACAGCUAAGUUACAAUUAGAAAAAUUGGCCGGUUACUCCGAAGUGAAGAGUUAAGAGUGACGUAAUUAAAAGAAUGCAAAAAUACGUUGAAUUAUUGCGAUAGAGUUCGGGUCAGCGGCGGUGACGUGCAUAUGGAUUGGCCCCAAACAAAAGACGUGCGAUCAUGCAGUUUCAGUAAAGUUGCCUCGCAUAACAUCCCCCGUUUAACAGCGCCUGAACACCUUCGAUGUGAUGGAAGCUGGGGUUUGAUGAGGGUCAACUCUUCUGACUUCAGGAAUGGUGUAUGUUUUCGUUGGUGCUCCUUAAAUAGGUUCUUGAAGACGCCAUUAUUUCUUGUAUAUCAGGAACGUAAUACAGGAUACGCCAAUUCCCACGAUUAUAAGAUAUCGUGGUAUGGUUGUAUGGUAGAUGCUGCUCUCGGUCGCUUGUAAUUUUAUGUUUAUUGGAUGCUUGCCAGAAAUUUUAGUGUUGAUCUCCUGUAGAUGAUUAAGAUUGAUCUUGUUUAACUCGAUUGAAGUUGAUGCUUGCGACUGCGGUGAUACCUCUGAAGUUAUGUCCGUUAUUUUGAGUACUUUUUUUAGAAAGAGCAACUGUUGUGUUUCUUGCCGGUAAAAUAUUUACAAAUAAUCAACUGACGUUUCAAAAGUGCUUGUAGACUAAGCUUACUUGAUAUAUUUUGAAUGUGCAGUCAUUGGCUAUUGUCUCUGGACAAAAGAUCUCGGAGGCAUUCUGAACACUUUACUUCCUGGUAUAAAAUUAGGUGGUGGUGCUCGGAUAAUUUUUUUGCAUACGUGUUAUAUACCCCGUGGUUGUACCGGGCUCGGGCCAGGUCUCCAACCUUGUGAACCUUGGAUCGUCAUACCUUGCUGACGAAAUGGUCCAGGCAUGUAUAUAACCCGGUGUCAUUGGAGGGUUAAAAGAUUUUACCUGUGGAACAUUGUUAAAAUUAUUAAGGGGAAUUCUAAAAUUCAUACAAAGUGGUGGUAAUUGUCUGUCUGUCCAGUCAUACUUUUGCGGUCCCCCUACAUUGCGUUGUUGAAUAUAGAAGGUGUUCAAUUCCUCUUGUACGAAUUGAAGAGCUUUCUCCAUCGAAUUCGGUCGUAUGCAAUGAAUCCUAGACCCUAGUGUGUAUGUUAAUCCCCAUAGAUAUGCUUGUAGCGUCACUUUCUAAUAUAAUACCCUUUUAGCCUCGACUGUGGUUGGUAUGGUUUCAUGCAGACUAAAAAAGGUCAUUAUUGUACUGAAUAAGUUUUGGCAUAUUUCAUAGAAUUCUUGGGGGCUAUUAUUGCCUUGACACUGCAGAUAGGUCAUUAUAAAGCGCGGUCUCUUCUCGUUGAUCCGCAAAAUUAUUAAUUAGUGCGUUGUGGAUACCUCGCCAGUUAUCUGAAACGCCAUACGAUUUUAUAAGCCUAACGGCCGGCUCUGUUACUUUAUUAAGGAUGCCGUUAAAUAAUGCUAAAUUGGAUAACUCAUCACCCGGCUCUGAUUUAAAAUGCGUUAAUACUAACUGAUCACACAGAUUAAUAAAUCGCAUUAAGACAUUAUUGCCCAAAUUUGAUGGGCAUUCCCUUGACUUUCAAGUGACUUGAAAAUAAUAUCAGUUUCGUUCGACAUGUCUAUCUUUCUACUUUCGUCUAUUGUAUUAAACCUAUUACUAUUCCUAUUACGUUGUUACCGUAGAUGAAAAAUCUUAAAAAAAAAAUUAAAUGAAUCUAUGUCCGGAUUCUUCUCGGCUACAACUAAAAUGUAGAUUCUCUGAUGACAGAAACAGGUGCCACAGUUUCCUAAUUCACUAAGCAAUCCUACCGACUGCGCCAAAAAUAUAUUUGUACCGAGAAUCUUGAAAAAGACCCCUAAUUUGAAGUUUCUACUAAAAAAAUAGAAAAUUGCAGGUAAGUUACAAUUAUAGGGUUUGGCCGGUUACUCCGAAGUGAGGAGUUAGAGUGCCGAAAUUAUAAAUAUGAAAAAUACGAUAAUAAUCAACUAUUGUGAGAGAGUUUUAGGUCAGAUGCCAUGACGUGCAAAUCGAAUGUUCCCAAAUGUACUGUUCUCUCGUUAAGAUUGCCUCGCAUAUCAUCGGUAGGAUUGCCUCGCAUAACACAGUUAUGGAAUUCAAUUGGCCGCGUACUGACUGAGCGAGCAGCUUCGCGAGGCAGCCUCGGACGUUUGCCUCGCAACGUUUGCCGCGCGAGGCAGCCUCAUUCUGUAAUUUAAUACACAUGAGACUGCCGCGCGCGGCAAAGCCGAGCCAGACCGAGGCUGAGCAAAAGACUCGAACGCUCAGUAGUUACUCACAAGUCGAACAGAAGCCACGCGCGAGUAGCGCAUAUUCAGUUUAGAUUAAGAUUAUCAUGAGGCCGUGCGUUCGGAAGGCUAUCGCCACCACUGCCUUUAUACUGAUUCAUCAACUUGUACAAAAAAAGAAAAGAAAAAAAUCUAAACAUUUUUGGAUAAAAACGUUAUACAAAAACAGAUUUCAAGCUGGAAACAGAAUAUUUGAAGAGCUGUGCUUUGAUGACGCAGAAAGCAAUUUCACUAGAAUGAAUAAAAUUGAAUUUGAACAUCUGUACUCUCUUAUAAACGCCAAAAUAAGCAAGAAGGACACAAAUUUUCGAGAAGCAAUAACCGCAAGGGAAAGAUUGUUGGUUACGUUAAGAUUUUUGGCCACGGGAGAUUCUUAUACCAGUUUGCAGUAUCUGUUUCGUAUAUCAAAACAAAGAAUAUCAGUAAUCGUUCAUGAAGUUUGUGAUGCGUUAAUCGAUGUGCUAAGGGAUUAUGUUAAGAUACCAUCAUCCGAAGAAGAGUGGCUUACUAUAGCAAGAGAAUUUGAGACAAAAUGGAAUUUUCCGCAUGCUAUUGCAGCAAUGGAUGGGAAACAUGUUAUAUUACAAUCGCCUAUAAAUAGUGGCAAUGAUUUCGAUUGUUACAAAUUGUUUCCCAGUAUAGUCCUAUUUGCUUUAGUUGACGCCAAUUAUAAAUUCCUGUAUGUAGAUGUUGGUAGCAAAGGUCGUAUAUCAGAUGGCGGUGUGUUUAAAAAUACCAAUUUAUAUAAAAAACUUGAAAGAAGGGAACUUAAUAUUCCUCCGCCAGAAAUCUUACAAAUACCUUAUGAAACUGCAGUGCCGUAUUUUAUUUUGGCCGAUAAAGCAUUUGCAUUGGAUGAGUACACAAUGAAACCUUAUGAAGGUACUCCAAAUCGAGGUUCAAUGGAAAGGAUCUUUAAUUACCGACUGUCCAGAGCAAGGAGAGUUGUGGAAAAUGCUUUUGGCAUUUUAAGUUCUGUGUUCAGAGUAUUGAGGAAGCCCAUACUAUUGGAACCAGAAAAAGCUACAAAAGUCGUGUUAACUACUAUAUACUUAUAUAACUACUUGCGAAGGGAUCAAGAGGCCUCUCAAAGGUUUACUGCCCCGGGAUCAUUUGAUGUCGAAGCUGAAGGAACAAUAAUACCCGGGCGAUGGCGGCAGGAUACAGAAAUGUCAUCAAUGCUACCUAUUCGAGCUAUGCCACGGCGAGGGCCAACAGAUUUAAAAGAAAUACGUUCACAUUUAGGGAGACAUUUUAUUACAAAUGGAGCAAUUGCUUGGCAGAAUAAUUAUCAGUAAAUACUCACGUCUUCAGGUAAAGUAUCUUGAGUAUUUCCUGGAUGGUUUCUAUCGCCCAGGAAGCUGAAAGCUUCAUAGGCGUACCAAUUUGAUUUAUAUAUGUCACCACGACCUGUAAUAAAUAAUAAAUUAAUUAAAUUUGUACGACUGACUAUAAAUAUGUAAUGACUGUACGAAAACAUAAUAAUAAACAUAAACAUACCUGAUCCUGUGA